AUGCAUAAUAAUGUGUUGCAAAUAACCGUGAGGACGACGUCAUACGCAGUGAAAACGGGGUUAAAGGUCAUCUUUCACUGCGCCAUCCUCGUCUCUGUCCUUAGCGUCCUCGCUGUCGCUUGCUACCGUUUCAUCGCCAUCGCCUUCGACCCGUUCGGAAGUCGUAACCUGGUCACCACACCCCGCUGCAUCGUCGGCAGCGUGUUGAUGUGGGUGCUGCUGGUGGUGCCGAUGUUGGUCCUGAAGUACUGCUCGAGCGUGUACGACACGUUUCUCCUCCUCAUUAACCCCAUCAUCAUGUUCACCAGCUUGGCGAUCACGGCCUUUUGUUACAUCAUGACAUACAAGGACAUCUCGGGAGCGGGCCGGGACGCGGGAGGCCUCGACCAGAUCAAGAGCCGCCUUAAAGAAAACCGGAAGGUCCUGGCUACAUUUGCCGUCAUCACUCUGACGAGUUGCGUGUGCUGGAUCGUGCACUGUUUCCACGACAUCCUCCAGAUUUACUCCAUCUACUACGAGAACAUCGACGCCGUUAGCAACAUCCUGGUCGCCCUCAACUUCGUCAUUGAUCCCGUCAUCUACUGGUGGCGAUUAGAAGAGUUCCGCGCCGUACUCUACAAGAUGGUCUGUCGAAGCGGGCUCGCACGCCGUAUUCGUCGAAUACAAGGAAAGGUCGAAGACAGCUCGACGUCGACCUCGGGAAAGAUAUUCAGCGUUUCUGAUACGACAAGGGUGAUGAAUAUGUCGAUUGAAUCGGAUGCCUGA